GGGCGGCAGGGUUACUGCUGUGGUCGGCUAGCGGUGCGAACUGGGGCGGGCUAGAGGACGGGCGGUGGCUGGCUGGGCGCCCUGUGCGCCUGCGCAGAGUGAGGGCGCCCAAUGCGCCUGCGCGAUUGCGGUUGGGUUGCCAAACUUCGGGCUAGGACGCCUGCGCAUUGUGCUGCCCACGUCUUGUAGUCUCCCUUGGGAAAGGAGGGUCAGGCGAGUCCACGUGAAGGGUGCCCCUGCUGUGCGCGGAGCCCUCUGCUGGGCGGAGGAGGAGUGCUACUGCCCGGGAGUUGAUGCCCUGCUGACUGCACAAGGAGGAGGUUCGAGUGAAGAUCAAAGACUUGAACGAACACAUCGUUUGCUGCCUCUGCGCUGGCUACUUCGUGGAUGCCACCACCAUCACAGAGUGUCUUCAUACUUGUGAGUGCCCUGGAUGGAGCCUGCCUGGUAAUCCAGGCCCUAGUCCUCACCAAGCUGACUGGCAGCCUCUGCGCUACCCACCUCACCCGUCCAGGCACCCCAAUCAGCCCAUGGAUCCAGUUUCCAGAGGGCCUGAAAGUCUGCUUUUCUCUUCCUGCAGUCUGCAAAAGUUGUAUAGUGAAGUACCUCCAAACCAGCAAGUACUGCCCCAUGUGCAACAUCAAGAUCCACGAGACACAGCCACUGCUCAACCUCAAACUGGACCGGGUCAUGCAGGACAUCGUGUACAAGCUAGUGCCUGGUUUGCAAGACAGUGAAGAGAAACGGAUUCGGGAAUUCUACCAGUCCCGAGGCUUGGACCGGGUCACCCAGCCCAGUGGGGAAGAGCCAGCCCUGAGCAACCUUGGCCUCCCCUUCAGCAGUUUCGACCACUCUAAAGCCCACUACUAUCGCUAUGAUGAGCAGCUGAGCCUAUGCCUAGAGCGGCUGAGUUCUGGCAAAGACAAGAAUAAAAGCGUCCUGCAGAACAAGUAUGUCCGAUGUUCUGUUAGAGCUGAGGUACGCCAUCUCCGGAGGGUCUUGUGUCACCGCUUAAUGCUAAAUCCUCAGCAUGUGCAGCUCCUUUUUGACAAUGAAAUUCUCCCUGAUCACAUGACAAUGAAGCAGAUAUGGCUCUCCCGCUGGUUCGGCAAGCCAUCCCCUUUGCUUUUACAAUACAGUGUGAAAGAGAAGAGGAGGUAGGGGCCAAGUCCCCACUCCAUCCCACUCCCCUUCCCUCCCCAGAUAUUUAUGUGAAAUUAACUGUGGCUUUAUUUUUUGAAAUAAAAACUUUUAAAAAGCA